GCCAUCUGAACAGCAUUUGCAGCGGCUACUGAGCGAUGACUGAGGAGACACACGAAGCGUGAUCGGUCGUUGGCGCGUUUUGAGUCUCUGGCUUGUGCUUGUUUGCCCUUUCUUUCUUUCUUCCGUGUGUCAUAUCUGGUGCGUCAUGGAGAACAGAACGAGAAAGUUUAAUAGCAAUCGCAUGUGCAGCGUUCCGCAAUGCUCAAACCGCGCCGUGAACAGAAAAAUCAGCCUUCACACGUUUCCGUUUGACGCGGCCCUGAAGGAGGAAUGGUGUGUGAGACUUCGUAUCUACAAGCCGGUAACGCCGGCAAUGAAAGUCUGCAGCGCACACUUCGUCGCCAGCGACUUCUUCUGGGGCACCAUCGAACCACAUGUGUGGGAACCCUGUGUCAAGAGGCUCAAGAAAAAUGCCAUGCCUUCACAGUGUUUGCCUCCAGAUACACAAUACAAGAUACGUUCAUCAAGGCAGAAGGCAUCUCCUCAGGUGCAAAAAAGUGGAGAUGUAGACACUCUGACGCGUGUCAGUCCUGACAUCGCUGUUGCUGCUGCUGACAUCACACCUCGAGAGGAGGAGGUGGCUGGUGUUUUUCAUCAGCUAAGACCAGCACGUAAAACGAGGAAAGACCUGCGAAAGAAUGGUAUCCAGCCGACCCAAAAAGACACGAGUGCAUCAAAGCGGCGCAGUCAUCCUGUAAAAAACCGCAAGAAACUGGACCUGACCCACCAAGCGAGCACUGUUGCACGGAACCGUCGCAAGCGAGCCAUUUCCACUGCAAAGGCAACAUCGAAGCGGAUACAUACGUUCGCGGCCCGGAAACAUGCUCUUGGAUGCAGAACAAGGGCUGUACAGACCUGUAUGAUGACUUCGUCUGUUGGGGUCCAAGCGAGCCUACGAAGAGUACAGCACAGCCAUGUCCAGACUGAUAGCAGGCGGCUUUUGCUCGUUUCACAUGCCAGGGCACAUCAUCUUGACCGGAGCUUGAAGAGCUUUUGACAAUACAUUAAAGAUGACACGUUGGCUUACAUUGGUGCAUGGUGUCAUCUGUACCAGAUGUAAAGAUGCAUUGAUGUUACACAGAGAUGACAAGACACCACAAAGCUACCAGUGUCUGAACAACUCCUUCCUCAUAGUGCUUUCCAUACCUUUGUACUAAUGUUGCUAGUGCCAGUGUGCAGAACACACACCAUUCAUGUGUUCGCAAUAUGAAGUUUCAUCUGAAGUAUGAGGCUUAUUGUUCUGUGCUUUAUGUAAUUGGUGAGGGUUAGGAUAGGCUCACAUCACUUGAAACACUCUUUAUAAUUUUUUGUCUUCCUGCUGCUGUUACCUUUCAUUCUCUGACCUGCCAUGGUGACCUAGUGGUUAUGGUGCUUGACUGCUGACCCCAGGGUCGUGGAAUCGAAUCCCGCCCACGGUGGCCGCAUUUCGAUGGAGGCGAGAUGCUAGAGGCCCAUGUACUUAGGUGCACGUUAAUGAACCCCAGGUAGUUGAAAUUUCCGGAGCCCUUCACUGCGGCAUCCCUCAUAAUGAUAUCUGUUGUAUCGCCAGCCGAAAUGUCACGCCAGGCCAAAAACGGAUGAUCCACGUGUAAAAUCGGCAGAAAAUGCUGAUGAAGUACAUAGGAUGCUUGCUUCUGGUUCAUCUUGCCGCAAGAUUGUUGUAUCGCCAGCCAUAUUUGCUUUCCUGUGGAGACAAAGGUGCCGCAAGAGCGCUAGUCAAAUUGUCACGCCAGGCCGGAAAUAAGAAGGGGACUGAGUUUAUUCAGAGAUAGUGCAUGUAACAAGGUUGUACAGGUAAUGACCAUUGUGCGGCACUCUGCGACAUACCACGAGAAACCGAAACUGGUUGGGAGCCAACAUAGACUCGAAUAUUAGAAUCAUGAAGUGCGCGACACCACAAUAUCGUGGUUUUGGGACAUAAAACCCCAACAAUUCUUUUUAUUUUUACCUUUCGUUCUUUGCACCACUGGAGAAUCAACAAACAUAUAGUGGCUAUCUUGUAUUUGCCUUUCCCUUUCAUCCUUUUAAUCGUCCCCCACCCAAUAUUGUCCACUGUUAUAGCAAACGGAAACACACAUUCUGUAGCUCUUUUCUUUCCUGGCACUCCAGCUCCAAAUGCCAGCUAAAGUUAUUUCGAUGCACUGCCAAAGCAGCUACGAACUGCCUGUUACACACAAAGUUGUAAGGUGCUACACAUACAAGCGAGGAAAGUUCUUCAUUUUUAUGUUCCUUUAAAAGUUGACCACACUGUAAAUGCAUGUAACCUUGAUGCUAACUAACACAAGAUUUUUUAAUUGUGGCGCACUAGAGACUCGCAAGAUGCCUCUGUUCGAACAAGAUUAGAAGAGUAUAGCAUGGCAGAGCAUGGUUGAAGGUCCAUCAAAAUACAAUCAGAAUUUAUGUUGGAUGAGCAUGCCCCUUGCAUCCACUGGUCUAAAGACCUCUCUAGUCAUAAAAUAUUUUGCGUGCAACUGUUGCAGUUAGAGAUGCAUGCAAAAUCAAUGGGUAAACAUGGAAUUUAGGUGUACGUACACAUUUGAUGUGUCUGAAACGGAGUACUUAGAGGGACAGACAACCUCCUGGAAUGUGAAUUGAGAUAACCCUACUAAUGGAAUGAUUCUCUACUGUAUUGGCUAGAACAAACCCUGUUUUUCUCAUUGAAUGCGGAUUUAUAUUUUUGUUUAUUCAGUAAAGCUGAAAAAAAUUACUCUUGACACCCCAUGCGGCGUAAAAGUGAAGAUGAAUAUGAUCCCCAUCACAUGACCUUAUACUGGUGUAUACGGUUAAAGGAGUACUGACACGAAUUUUAAAAAUUUUCGGAUUGUUGCUCUAAAUAAGAAUACUGGUGUCAAGAAGCCUAAAACGAGUAUUGUGGUGCCUGGGAAUGCAUCGUAUAUAUUUUAAUUACCGCUACCUUAAAAAGACACUUUCGGUUUCGAUAUCAAGGGGGCGGCUUCUCGGUGACGUUUCAUAGCAGUGUGAUGUCACGGAGAUCCAGAAACUCUCGACAUACUAGCGGCAAAUUCGUUAUCUGCUCGUGGUGCACAUAAACAACGAUGAGUGAAUUGUUGUCCAGUGACCCUAACAGCGAUUUCUAUGAUUUAGGCUACAUGCAGGACGCAAAACUCGCAAACUCAGGGGAACUGACUUGACUCGUCGAGAUAAUGUCCAUUGCAGUGGGUCUGGCUUGCAGAUGCUUAGCGUCGAAAACUUUAAAGUCAAAUUUAAAUAUUUUAUACGUGUUCUCCGACUCCGGUGUGUGGAUAGCGUUGACACUGCAUGCCAAGAAAACGAGAAAUGUCCCUUUUGCAAUGUCUCAAAAUCGUGUCACAACUCCUUUAACUGUCUAUAUUAGUUCGUUAUUUUAAUCCUUUUUAAUUUAAUAUGUGCAAAUAUGCCAUCAUUUAUAGUGAGCAGAACAGUGGCGCCGCGUUCACUUGAUGUAUGAUCCGAUGCUCAUGAGCGGCAGCAUGCAAGCUGUUAGCUGAGGGCCUAGCGACACCUGCCGACAAGUUGGAGAAGUACGAGGAGCUCCUGGCUUGCGAGGUGGUAAAGGGACUUCACGUGACAACGAGUGUUGAGAGAACUUAUUCUACCUACUUUUUAUAUUCAUAAACGGUUGAAAAUGUCAGAAUGAAGGUGGUUGACCACAGUUUCACUCACUCCUGUGAAAACAGAACAUUGAGCGAAUGAACAGAUUGCGAUGAGGGCUAUCAGCCUCGCUAUCGCUUCACAAUGUUGCUGGAGGACGCCUACGAACAGUUUUAGAGGAUCUUCUGAUCGAAAAAUAUUGCUUAUAAAAUAACCACCUGCUUUUGGGAUCAACCAUGCAGCUACAAAGACUACGAAGGGUGAGCUUUCCGUUGCGCCAUAAAAGACUGGCUCGAGGAAAAUCGAUACUCAAUUCCUUUAAUGUUGUGCAGGAUAACGUCAAAUGGCUGGUAGCUGCUGGAAGCACCUGCACGGAUAACCGCAAGUGGCUGCUCCAGUCCAUGUGACUCAGUCCAAAGCCGCAUGAUAAUUGUGCCAUGGGCUCAGCCUGUUGUAGCAUUGUCACACACUACAAGGAGUCUAUCAUAAAAUCUUUAUACAGCAUGCACUUAAGUAAAGUCUGUAGCUCUACAUCUCUUUCAGUAUCGAUAAGGUACGGUCCUUGUGUGGGACAAACUGUUGCAGUCCAGCUUUUGUGGCACUUCAUAAUCCCCGGGAUUUCCGUGCUGAAAAAAAAAAUAUAUAUAUAUAUAUACACACUCAUUCGUUCACACAUGAAUGCUUUGCACUUGGUGCAUGUUUAGUCCCCAUUGUUGUCACUGUCACUGCUACUCAGUCUUGGUUCAGAAGCACAAGAUUGACGUGGUCGUCCAUGUCAUCAAUGGUGUUUAUAUUACAGUAUAUCUGUUAUAUUGUUACUACGUUAUAUCAGUAUAUACUAAUUAUUGACUGUGCUUAUAUUAUAGUAUCUAUUAUACUAGUUCAUGUUAUCAUACAACAAUGUCCAAAGAUACCACAUAUGCAGUUGGGAUGUGAGCUGUUGCUUGCAUAAUACUGAACUGCAGGUCUUUCACGAAUGUGACCCUUACCCGAGCACAUACAGCCUACACUCCUCGGGCCCUCUUUCGUGAUUUAACUGUUCUUAUAGUGAAAUAUACCUCCCUUCAUAUAUGGAAAUAUAGUUCCUCUGUGUCACUUCGGUCAUUUGUCCGGCACUCUUUCUUUUUAAUGGCAGUAGCCUUACCAUGAAUCAUUGGGUCAUUCUCAUAAAGCCCUCCUUUAAAUACGCAUCUGGGAAAAGCACUCUUAUUCCCAUCUGGCUUCUAACUCCUCGCUUUUAGAGUAAACUCUCAAUAAAUGGAACCUGAAGGAACCGGGAAAAUAUGUUCCCUUUUAAAGGAGUUCCAUUUACUGAGAGACAAACAGGGGCACAAAAUGCAAGUACGAAACCAAUCAUAUUAGAAGCAGUUGUUCCAUUUAAGGAGCAAUAACGUUUAAGAGAUUUCUGUUUACCGAGAGUCUGCUGUAUUGUGAUAGCAAUUAUGUGGACAAUCCAGACACAUUUUUGCCACUGUAGCGAAGUUCCAUAUAAAGUCCAAAUUGAUGACUCGCAGAUGUUCUACGUGCGAGUGAAAGCAUGCUAGGGCUGCCGAUGAUUGCGGCACAAGCAGAGAGGAAAUAAAUUGGCUGCCUCCAUUGCAUGAAAGGCGCAUUAAGGAGCGCAAGAGGGGAGGCUGCUGCGAUGAGUGGGGGACAUUUCUUACUCAAAAAACUGCAGUUUGAGGACGGAAAAAGAAAGUGCUUGUGUGGUGCGUGGCAGCGCCGCUCGUGAAAAGUGCGAGAAAGGGCUCGAUUGCUCGAGCAGUGAGACGCUUCGAGGCAGCAAGCCAGGACUAGCUGACAGGAGCUGCGUCAGGAACGACUGUGGCGGCUACUGGCCCACUGCGGCGCUCGUCCUGUUUGUGGGUGGACCUGUUGUUGAGCUCGGACGACCAGCUGCUCGAGUACUCGGCCAUGUUUGUUUGUGGUCAUGGUCGGGGCCUGUGGGCGAGCCGGCUGCUACGUGGUCCGCUAAGCCCCGGGAAGCUGAGACAUGCUGUGCCGGCCUAUCGGUGUGCUUGCCGUGGUCAAGCACGUGGUCUGGGUAUCCGCCUGGGCAGCAAAGCAGCUGUCUCAUUGACUGCCGCGGUUGUGCAGCGACCAACGAGCAGCAUAGCACCAUGAGGCUCAUCGACACAUCGGCCCGCCACGACAGCGACGUGAGUGAACCUCGUCGAGUGGUGCGCGGACAAGGUGCGCUGCGUCAGGGCCGCUAAAAUUGUAGCGCAUGCUUCAGGACUAAAGGGACAAUUUUAUUGCCACUAUAUAUACUUCCUUUAUGUAAUUGUAGAUACUACCGUGUUGUAUA